CGAGAAGACAAAUGGCGUGCACCCGGAAACGGAUGAUGCCGUGGAAGAGAUGGACGUCGAUACUCCUCAACAAAAUCAAGUGUCUACAGACAUUUCUCGAGCAGCUUCGACAGACUCCAGAGUAGAGAUACCGACUGUUCUACUGAGAGGCACACUUCGAGACUACCAACACGCCGGUCUGGAUUGGCUCGCAAAACUUCACAACGACUCCGGCAAUGGCAUCCUUGCAGACGAGAUGGGUCUUGGGAAGACGAUUCAGACAAUUUCUCUUCUUGCACAUCUUGCUGUCAAGAGACAGAACUGGGGUCCUCAUCUGAUAGUCGUGCCUACUAGUGUGAUGCUGAAUUGGGAAAUGGAGUUUAAGAAGUGGUGUCCGGGAUUCAAGAUCUUGACUUACUAUGGCGAUAUCAAAGAGCGACAAAACAUGCGUAAAGGAUGGAGAAAUCAAGAUCUCUACAACGUUAUCAUAACGUCGUAUCAGUUGAUUAUACAGGAUGAACAGGCAUUUAAGAUGCGGCAAUGGGAGUAUCUCAUCCUGGACGAAGCUCACAACAUCAAAAAUUUCAAGACUCGACGAUGGCAGACCCUGCUAGGGUUUCGGACAAAAAAUCGACUCCUGCUGACCGGAACACCUCUCCAGAACAAUAUCGACGAGCUUUGGUCUCUGCUGUACUUCCUUAUGCCAGCUGGGCUUGGCGAAAACCAACAAAUCGCCGACCUUCAAGAUUUCACCAACGCCCUGAAGAAGCCUGCCAAUCAGAUUCUGGAACAAGGGAAGCAAGUCUUGGAUGCUGAAGGGCAAAAGAUUGUUCGUCAACUUCAUGAAGUCCUUCGGCCGUAUCUUUUACGGAGACUGAAGGCGGAUGUAGAAAAGCAGAUGCCUGGCAAGUAUGAACACGUCGUCUACUGUCGGUUGUCAAAACGACAACGACAGCUAUAUGACGGGUUUUUGGGCCGAGCCGAUACCAAGGCAACUCUCGCAACUGGCAACUACAUGUCUAUCAUCAACUGUCUGAUGUCUCUUCGUAAGGUGUGCAACCAUCCCGACCUGUUUGAGACUCGCCAGAUCGUCACAUCGUUCGCUAUGCGGAAGUCAGUGGUUGCUGACUUCGAGAUCAAAGAUCUACUCGUUCGGAAGCGCCUCUUGAGCGAGGCUGAGGACGAGAAGGUAGAUCUGGACUUCCUGAAUCUGUCCUUCGUUCGUCGGGAGGACACUUCAAGACUUCAUGCAAUACGAACUCAGAAGAUUCGCGCAGUUCGACCCUUAGAGGAUCUCAUUGAACAGCAAACUCGACGAACUAGCUCUAAUGCUCGGCUCGACGGCUCUUCCGUCAACUCCGUGCUGACCUACAUGGCUGAAAAGGAGAGCGUGUCUAACCUUGACCAUCUCAAGGACUGCCUUCGUCUUACACGUCAACGAACGCAAUUCCUGCCCGUGUAUGGCAAAGGUCUUUUUGAUCGCGUUAAUCUGGGCCUUCAGGACAAGCUAGGUACGCGAAAGCCUCGACGAUCCAUCGACGCCGCGGAGUGGUAUCUCAACACCUCUACCAAAAUUCUCGACCUCGUCCCCACUCUGGAAGAACGAGCCUCUUCACUUGCUCCGAUCAUCCAGAAGUUCGGUUGUGUGACGCCCGCAGUUGUUGCUACUGAUUUGGCACCUCUCACUCUCUCUGUGCCGGGCACUGAGAUCGUCCGCGCCUCUCCUAUCGCCCAGGCUACCGACGACCCCUUCCAUGAAUCCCGCAUCCGUCUCUCCAUCGCGUUCCCAGACAAGCGGCUCCUUCAAUACGACUGUGGCAAACUCCAGCGCCUGGCCACUCUUCUCCGUGACCUCCAAGCCGGCGGUCACCGUGCCCUGAUCUUCACCCAGAUGACAAAGGUUCUUGACAUUCUCGAGCAGUUCCUCAACAUUCACGGCCACCGCUACCUGCGUCUCGACGGGGCCACCAAGGUCGAGCAGCGUCAAAUCCUCACCGACCGCUUCAACUCGGACCCGCGCAUCCUCUGCUUUAUCCUCUCGUCCCGCUCUGGCGGCCUAGGCAUCAACCUCACAGGCGCUGACACCGUCAUUUUCUACGACCUCGAUUGGAAUCCGGCUAUGGACAAGCAGUGCCAGGACCGCUGCCAUCGUAUUGGCCAGACUCGCGACGUGCAUAUCUACAAGUUCGUCAGCGAGUACACGAUUGAAGCGAACAUUCUGCGCAAGUCGAAUCAGAAGCGCCUGCUUGACGAUGUCAUCAUCCAGAAGGGCGAUUUUACGACCGACUACUUUAAUCGCGUCACUUGGCGCGAUGCGUUUGAUGAACUCGCAGACGCACCAGUCGACGAGGCGUCGCGGGCGAUGGAGCGGGUGCUGGGCGAUGAAGCUGGUCUCGGCGAUGUCAUUCUCAGCGUCGAAGACAAAGAAGACGCGGUGGCGGCGAAGGUCGCGCAGAAAGAGAUGGUCGAGGAGGAAGUUGGUGACGAGGCUGAUUUCACUGGUGUCCCUGUCGCUGCUAUGGGCGACGACACCAUCACGGAUGCAGUGGGCACUGUGGAGGACGGCACGGAGGUCGUCGAGGUGGCCGGAAAGAAGGUCCGCAUUGGACGCGUGGACGAUUUCAUGUACGCCCGCGUCUUGAGCGAGUGGAUCGACGUCCCGUGGGAGUAUGUGCCCAAGGAGAAGAAGCGCCCUAGGAAGGGACAGGACGUGCAUCGGAUUAGGAAGAGAAAAGUCUGAGAUUCUCUUGUCCUUUCCCGGACAUGAUAAAAACCUAGUGCUGUGGGAUGGCGGUAGUGGUGUUGGGUAGCCCGAUACCAUUCAGUCUAUGUAUUAGUAGGUUCUUUGCAAGCGAUUAGGCGCUUGGCACGGCGAUGGUAUGAUACCGAAGUGCAUAAUGGAUGAAUGGACGGAUGGAUGGGGGUCGGUGUCUGAAUUGCAUCCGGUUAACGGUGUUCGGGCGUCUCGGUGUCCUUGUCCGGCAAGAAAACGGGGUGCUGGGUGCAUUAGACUAAGCAAAUGAAUCAGCGAUUGUAUAUGUAGCCUUUUUGGCACCUGCGUAAGUCGUGCCAAUUCGAUUCAGGGCCUUUUCGCGAUGUGGAGCUCAGUGUGGACUCAUGCGUCCUGACGUCUAAAACUUUCCGCGCAUCUAGAUCCUUCAGCCGCGUAUUGCGCUCACCAGAGCGAGGGAGUAAGUAGUCUUCUUGAACAGCUCGCGAAAUAAAACCGUC